AUGAGACUCACUACUAUCGUCGCUGCCACUGGUGUCAUCUUCACCGCAAGUGUCAAUGGCCUCGCCUGCAAAGACGGCAUCAAGUACUGCAGCUAUAACCUAAACAGCGGAGGUCAUUUCUGGACUGAAGACGAGAUCUGGUCUCAGCUACAAUCAGAGGGCCUCCCAGAUGGCUACACCAAGGGUCACAUACAGCAUACGCUUUUCAAAUGUGAGGACCACUGGUAUUGGUCCAAGGCACACCUGUAUUACGUCGAGUGGUGUGCCAACAGCUGCCAGAAUGGUGGGAGUGGGAAGGAUGAUCUUUGCAGACCUCAUGCAAACGACUGA